AGUUUUUGCUGCAUUGGAAAACAGUGAAUCCUAUUUGUCGCCCUUUGAGAUAAGAUGUCGGGGUAACACACACAUCAAGUGAAGUUGGCUGACCCAAAUAGCGCCAAGAGAAGUUGGGCUGGCCCAAAAGGCAUUUCCUGUUUGCACGGAUUUGGGAAGGCUUUGUGGAAGGUUUGCCGAGUAUUAAAAUGGUUUCUAGUAAAUUCUUGUUUGGGUUUUCAGUUGCUUUCUCUCUUAUAUUUUACAGGUUUAAUUCAUCCGUUUUUUACUUCGCUCUUGUAUUUUUUUCUUUUUCUUCAAAAAAAUGUUUCUGGAAUUUUGAAAUGUUCACUAUUUUCACACAAACUUUUGGAAAUUUUGAAAAAAUGUUGCAGGAGUUUUCAAAAUGUUUGGCUCCAGAGUAACUCCAUUGAACGGAAGCUUUAUAUAAAAUGGGCUUGAUUAUCCCAUGGCUGGCAUCAUCUCGAGGCGCUUACUUAAAUUUUUUAAAUACAUGCAUGUGUGGCUCCCGAGUAACUCCACUGAACCUGUACAGAUGCUUUCAGCCAAGAACAAGUUUAUUGGGAUGAGGAUCAAAUAGGUUUCUUUACACAUCUCAACUUUGGAAGGAAGCAGCUGAGUAGUUUCUCUCCCCAUCUUUACACAUCUCACCUUUCAAGAGAAGAUACCGCAACAAAGCAUCCCCUGACCCAUAUAAACAGUACCACCCAUUCAUAUCAGCCAGCAGUCACGGGCUUUGAGUUUAAGGUCCAGAAUUUGGAAGCAAAAAUGAGUGAGACGGUGAAGGUGAUGAGCACUUUUGGCAGCAUAUACGGCCAUCGUCCGGAGGUGGCCCUGAGGCUCAAGGGAAUACCUUACGAGCUGCUCCUGGAAGACCUGCCCAACAACAAGAGCGAGUUGCUGCUCACGCACAACCCUGUCCACAAACUGGUCCCCGUGCUCCUACACGGCGAUAAGUCCAUCUGCGAGUCGCUCAUCAUCGUCGAGUACAUCGACGAGGCCUUCGAGGGGCCGCGGCUGCUGCCGGCUGACCCCUACGAGAGGGCCACGGCCCGCUUCUGGGCGCAGUUCAUCGACCAAAAGUUUGCUAGGCCGUUCUGGAUGUCGAUAUGUAUGGCUGAUGGUGACAAGGAAGAGGAGGAGAACUUCUUGAAGGAAGCCAAGAAGAAUCUGCUGCUUCUCGAGGGGCAGCUCAAGGGGAACAGGUUCUUUGGAGGCAACUCCAUUGGCCUUGUGGACAUAGCUGCAAGUGGGUUAGCUCGCUGGCUUGGAGCCUUCGAAGAGAUCUCCGGGGUUAAUCUACUCACAGAUGAACAGUUCCCUGCUCUGUGCCGCUGGGCGAAAGAAUAUGCCGGCGAUGAGCGUGCUAAGGAGUGCCUGCCGAACAUGGAUGAACUGGUCGCCAAGAUCACUGCAGUGAAGAAGAAGUUUCUAGCAAUGGCAGAGGUUCAGAAGUGAUCCAGUGUUAUCAGUGCGAGGAUAUCAUGGUUAUGACAUGAAUCAAUCGUAUGGACAUGUUAAUUUUUUUAUUUUUUUUUGCGGGGAGACAUGUUAAUUAAUGAUCAUGGUUUCCUGGGAGAAGGAACAAGCUACUGAAGUGUGGUGCCGGAUUUCUACAGAGUCCUAGUGUACUAUACUACGGUGUAAUUCCCAUUUGGUUGCAGUAACUUGUCUUGCUUUCUCAGAUCCAGAAAUCGGUAGAGACAUGGCAGAUUGUAUUUCUUUUUCAGUACAGGGUGCAGCCACCAUUACGAGCAAUCAAUAUUUCUUGUUAA